AUGAGAACUCCAGACUGGCCUCACCUCAGAAAAUUGAGGUUAGCGGACAAUGAUUUCUUGACACCACGAUCAGUCGACGUAAUCAUUGGAGCGGAUUUCUACGGAUCGAUCAUCAAACCAAACAUCAUAAAGGGAUCACCAACAACACCAAUUGCUCAACUUUCCAUCUUUGGAUGGUUCGUCAUCGGCCCAGUCAACGAAUCAUCGACAAUUACAAAUUAUUCGCACUUUGCAGUUGUUCACGAAGACCAGAGCAAUCUGCAAGAGCUGCUUACCAAAUUCUGGGUUCAAGAGGAGUCACCGAUGGACGCUCCAAGCACGCUCACACCGGAGGAAGAAGAAUUCGAAGCACAUUUCUGUGCAACUCACUCUCGGGACUAUACAGGAAGAUACAUCGUUCGCAUUCCACUCAAGGCACCAGCAUCACUUCUAGGCAAUUCACACAAGAUUGCUCAAAGAUGUCUUCAAAGCACCUUGCGACGACUCUCCAAGGAUUCAACAUACAACCAGCUCUACGUCGAGUUCAUGAAAGAGUACGAAGAAUUGGGACACAUGGUAAAGGCUCCAGAUCAUCAACGGAUCACUCCAAGAGAGGCUGAGAACGUUGGGCCUGAUGGGGAGAUGACCUUGGCACAUGAUGCUUCGGCAUCAGGAGGGUUGAGGGUCUCUUCUGACGGUUCAGCACCUCAGUCCUCUGCUCAUCAUCAACCAUACUAUUUGCCUCACCAUGGAGUUCUACGUCUUGACAGUUCAACAACGAAGCUCAGGGUUGUAUUCAAUGGAUCAAAGGCUACGACAUCAGGCAAAUUAGUCAACGAUUUAAUGCAUACUGGUGCUAAUUUGCUCUUAAAUGUUACAGAUGUUCUAUUUUGGGUUCGCCAUUAUCACCAUAUUUUUGCCACAGAUAUCACAAAAAUAUAUCGCCAGGUAGCAGUUCACAAGGAUGAUUGGGAUCUCCAGCGAAUUCUUUGGAUCGAUGAAGACCGGAAUGUCAUUCCUUACCAGCUCACAACUGUCACGUAUGGCACAAAGGCAGCUCCCUUUCUGGCGACACGAGCACUCAUGCAGCUGGUUCACGACGAGGGUCAUCGAUUCCCUCUCGCCACGCCUUCGCUCACACAUGGUAGAUAUGUGGACGAUAUCUUUGGAGGAGCAGAUUCAGUAACGGAACUUGUGGAGGUCGCUCAACAGCUGAUUGCAUUGUGCAACGCGGGCGGAUUUCUACUCGCAAAAUGGCAUGCGACUCACCCAGACUUACCAAGGGUUGUUUCGUCAUCCACACAAUCAUCAGCUCCCAUAUCAUUUGACGACUGCACUACCAAAUUACUCGGAAUUCAAUGGAUGCCUCAAACUGACGCAUUUGGCUUUUCAUCAAUCUUGACUGAUCAACCAAGUAAGUGUUCAAAACGCCUCGUAUUAUCCGAAGUGGCUCGGAUAUUUGAUCCAUUAGAUUUCGUCUCACCGGUAAUAGUACGAGCAAAAAUGCUAUUACAAGAGCUCUGGCUACACAAGAUCAAUUGGGACGAUCCAUUACCGUCUCAAAUUGUUUCACGCUGGUUCAUUAUCAGAGAAGAUCUCAAAAGUUUGGCCAAACUAACAAUUCCAAGGUGGUUCAACACAUGGAGCAAUUCAACUGUGGAUAUUCAUGAAUUCUCUGAUGCUUCUCAACUUGCCAUGGCAGCUGUGAUUUAUAUCACUGUUAGCUCGCCGUCCAACCACUCAACGACGUCAAUUGUCUGUUCCGAAACAAAGGUUGCACCACUGAAAAGGCUCACCAUCCCCAGAUUGGAGUUGUCUGCAGCACUCCUACUGGCGAAGCUCGCCAAAUAUGUUCAAUCAACGCAACGCACGUGUGGACGAAUUCUCAAGUCUCCCUCAUAUGCAUAA